AUGCAAACACCUACCAACCUCACACAUGGACUUUACACUCCCGAGUUCAUGAAUGCUCAUGCUGUAGCGCUCGGAAAUAUUCUAGAUCCGGACUGCUCAGCCGUUCUAAUCUCCGAAGAGCAACAAAAACAGAUCGGACCCAGACCAGAGAACACAUUCCUCCAUCCCUGGUCACGUAUCCACCACUUCAAAAAGGACCUAGACCAACACAACCAGGCCUCACAAGAUCUCGGCCUCGGGGGUUCCGACGGCCUCCGAGGCUCCGGUGGCCUCGGGGGCUCCAGCGGCCUCGGGGGCUCCAACGGCCUCGGGGGUUCAGCUCAAGUGACGCAAACCGUACUUCAAGCCUGA